GUGAGUGUGAGCGGAGCCUGGAGCCACAACGGACAGAGGACAAGAUGGCGAGGAGAGUAAUGUCCAGGUACUGAGAGGCCAUUGCUUAGUGUGGAAUAUUGCCAAUGAAAACGCUGUGUCUGCCAGCAGUUGUGAAAUAAACUGGAUGUGAACUGAACUGACCCCAACUAGUCUGAACGAACUCUAACUUUCUUUCCAGUGUACCUAAUCUGUGCUCUACUUGACUCAUUAUACUUGAAUGACAUCUGCACAGUUGUCUGUAAAGCUAUCCGUUAUAUCAACUUGGAAAUCCUCAGCUCCGGAUAUUUCGAACCAACUUUUUUAUGACCCUUGUAAGGCCUGGAAGGGAGCAGCCAGAGAAUACAGUCCAGUUUAGGAUUCCUAUGGAGAUGACAAAAUUUGAUGUGAAGAAUUACCUACAAAGCAUCUAUAGUGUCCCAGUAGCUGCAGUGAGGACCAGAAUACAAUACUGUACUCAUAAGAAGAGAAACCAUAAAAAUCAAAGGGUGAAGCGUCCUGAUUAUAAAGUCGCAUAUGUUCAAUUGGCCCAAGGUCAGACUUUCAAAUUUCCAGACAUUUUUCCUCAAAAAGACCAAACUCCUGAACCAGGCUCUAUGGAAGAUAUCCAAAAUAAGUUUCUGGAAGAUGAGAAGCAGAAACAGAAAGCAGACCCACGGCGAGGAGGUGUCACUGAAUGGUUUGGACUUUAAGAGAAACAACUUUUCAAAAGUUUUUUUUAAAAAAAGAAAAUAUUAUUUUCCAGAUAGCUUGCUGACCAAGCAUGAACUGAGUAUUUUUGUUUUGAAAGAGUGUCAACUCGGCAGGUUUCAGAUGCUUCAUAUUGUUUAUUGUGAGGGAUACAUCCUGUGAACAUGCACUCAUCUUGUGUAAUGUUUGCUGAACAGCAGCUGUUCUUAACAAGUGAUUUGAUUAGAUUCCUGUAAUCCAUCAUAAGGUGUUGUGUUGUAAGUUUGACUUUGAUUGAACUUUGACGUUGAUGAUUAGAAACUUGGUAAUUGGCACAAACACCUGAGCAUUGUUUGUCUGGAUCCAAAACUCUGAAUCCUGUGGGAGCUGCGAAAGUCAGAAUGUAUAUGUAAGCACGUGAGGGCACCCAACAGCUUAAAUUAAUUUGGUGAAAGGUUAAAUUCAACGUUGGUGGAACAAAAUGAAGUUAUACUAAGGCCAGAUGUCAUGUUAAAAGAUCAUGCCUUCCAAGGAAUUUAUUGGAAUACCCUGUAUACUGUUUUUGACAUAGAAUCAAAUUUGUAAAUUGUAAUUGUUCAUUCUCAUUAAAACAACAGUCCAAUAUA